CACCACCCGCCAUCUUCACCAUUAAAUCUUGCAUCUGAGCACUAAUAUUUUCAUAGGAAAAAAUACAAAUGUAUGGAACAUUCCUUGCCUACAUUUUAUUAAACCAACAAUGUAUAUUUAUACAUUAUCUACAAAAAGAAAAUUUGCCGAAAAUUCCUCCGAAAUAUGUAAUGUAGCAAAAUAAUUCGACAACAACAAGCAGCCAGGCUAGGCCGUAGAAAAUACAAAGGAUGGUUCAGAUCGAGGGAGCUUUAUAAAUAGGUUAAAAAAGAAAAAAAAACCCAAACCCGCACCGUCAAUAAAGACAAUAUCAUCAUCAUCAUAAUCAUCAUCCUACGUCUCCCUCGAUCAUCAUCCUUGGCCUUGAAAUUAAGCCUUCCUUUGUUCAACAACAAAGAAAAUUCAAAGUUGUAACAAUAAACCCUUGAAUCAACCUCUGCUUGUUUAAGAAAAGAAGGAAAACUUGUGAAACAAGAAGAAGAAGAAGAGAAGAGCAAAAAAGUGAAAUAUGUACGUGAGAGCGGUGCCAACGACAGAUCUGAACAAGAAUACGGAGUGGUUCACGUACCCAGGGGUUUGGACCACUUAUAUCUUGAUGGUUUUCAUUUCAUGGCUCCUCGUUUUAUCUCUCUUUGGCACCUCUGCUGGAACCGCUUGGACAAUUGUUCAUCUCGCGCAUUUCUUUGUCACAUAUCACUUCUUUCACUGGAAGAAGGGAACACCGUUUGCUGAUGACCAAGGUAUCUACAACGGUUUGACUUGGUGGGAGCAAAUAGACAAUGGCAAGCAACUGACACGGAACAGGAAGUUUUUGACUGUUGUACCUGUUGUGCUGUACCUUAUCGCCUCACAUACAACAGAUUAUCAAAACCCAAUGCUCUUCUUCAAUACGUUGGCCGUAUUUGUGCUGGUGGUUGCAAAGUUCCCCAACAUGCACAAGGUCCGUAUAUUCGGAAUCAACGGUGAGCAUUGAACAACUGCCAAGGAAUUCAUGUCUGGUUUUUCAAGUACUAAGUUUCAUUAUUCUGGGGUGAUCCCAAUUUCCAAAUAUAAAUGUAAUAUCCCUGUACAGAUAAUGAAACUGAAAAGGGCAUUCUCAUUUCUCUUUAAUCAGGUUAAGAAAAUAUACCUUCCCUUCCUUUAAGCCAGGGAAAAAUACAUUCAUAUAUACUAUUUACUUUCUCUCUUUGCAAGCUA